AUGCAGGAAAAAAACGGAAAACAAUUGACAACACACGAAAUGUUUGUCCGUGCGCCACGGUUCGAUGCCGUCCGCAUGCUCCGGUUUCGCUGCUCCGGUGCCUGCCGCUGAUCCGGUGCCGCUGCUCCGGUGCCGCUGUGCCCAGUCCUAGCACGACCAAACUCGACCCGCUCCGCUUCGUACACGCUCUCGUUGCUGUCCUUCCCAGUCGGUUCCUCGCUUUCU